AGUCUGCCCUUUAUAUAAGAAUGGUAAAGGGAGGAAGUUAUCUUUUCUGUUCUUCAGAUAACUUCAGCUUCUGCCUCUACUGACGUCUCUGCCAACAUCUCUGCAGUUAGUGAACAUCCAGAGUUCAUCCUGCAUCUUCUGACCGAUCAAAUCAAAGACAUGUAAAAUACUGGUGGUAGUCUCUAGUAGAAAUUUUUAUUCACAAUAAUGCACAUCCCAAACAGAAGUAUCCAGGCUGCCAACAUAUUCUUCUCCUCUGGGGCCAUACUUCUGUUGAUAGUAGGAUUCAUCAUGGAAAACUGGGUGGAAUUGGUUCCCAAAGUGAGAAAGGACAGAACUACCCACAGUCCGUGGCUGGGAUGCUGUCCUUCAUUUUGGCCUGAAGAAAGCCUGCAGUCGAUCCGACAGAUGAUGAUGAUGACUCUCAACAUUGCUAUCUACCUAAACAUGGUCAUAGGUCUGCAGUUCACCUACAUGAUUUCUCAACACAAGUGUGCGCAUCUCUUUAUUGGCUUCCUGAGUUUCUUCGCAGGUUGCCUUUUGUUCUACGCAAUCAUUGUGUAUCAUCACAAGCUAAAUAAAGGUCAGUACGAGUACUUCGUUAGUUACAAGAUGAAAUGGAUACCUUUCACUGUCUACUUAACCAUCGCCCUCUUUCUUACCUGUGGUAUCUUCUGUUUCAUACAGAUCACGGAUAGAUGUUCCUGCAUGAAAUUCUGUGUACCCCACACAGAAAGUAAAAGUCAAGAAAUGACUCCGAGCACCAUCCAAGUUGUGUCACUUCCGCCGCGCUCCGCCAUGCCUCGGAGCAUUGUCCAUGUGCACUCUGUGACCUCAAAGGAGGGUACCAUGUCGAAACCACAUAUUCAAUCGCGUCGUGUGACCUGGGCUCUAUGACUUGACAAGCUGUACCUUUCAGCACUGCCUGACAUUGCUGUGGAAUUAUCUGUGUGUAUCCAAUCAUUCAUCUGUGCGUCGCAAUGAAAAGAUACAGGAAA